AUGUCGCUGCGGCCCCGGCCCUCAAGGAGCGGGUGCAGACGGGGCGGGCGCGGUCAAGGAGCGGGUGCAGACGGGGCGGGCGCGGUCAAGGAGCGGGUGCAGACGGGGCGGGCGCGGUCAAGGAGCGGGUGCAGACGGGGCGGGCGCGGUCAAGGAGCGGGUGCAGACGGGGCGGGCGCGGUCAGGAGCGGGUGCAGACGGGGCGGGCGCGGUCAAGGAGCGGGUGCAGACGGGGCGGGCGCGGUCAGAGGCGCAGCUGCGAGCACGGGCGAGCCGGGACCACGGCGGGCGACGAGCGGGGCGGUGCAUCCUGCCUGCGGCCUCCCCUUCGAGCUUUCGCGGGGGAAUCAGGGGCCCGUGGCCUUCCCGACCACAUUUAGACGUGAGAAACGCCCCAGUCCGUUAAAUCUCAGAACACCAGCUCAUUUCAGCGAUUUACAUGGCCAGGCAAGUGUGAUCGUCAGAAGCUUCCCACUUCGUUGCUCAGGAAACUGUCGCCCGCCCCUGCCCCUGGCACAGCCGUCAGGGUGGCUGCGCCACCAGGCUCUCCCUCCAGACUCAGCCAGGCUCCGGCCCACUGUGUCCCGCCAGCUUCGGGGUCAUAGGUUAAGCCUCCAAAUACUUCCUCAAAGCCCCUGUGUACUGUUUUGAGGGCGUCACCCCAUUCUUCUGGGUGGGACCCACCGCUUAGCUUUCUCCCCCAAAAUUCUCUCCUGUGAACUGCAGUUCUUUCUUCGGCCUCUGUGUCACCCUGUAUAGUCUGGAGGUGGGUGGUGGGCUGAAAGUAGAAAACUGGUCUUCAUAAGCAUUCCUGGCAAAUCUUGCAGCUCAUUUUGGAAUGUGUUACCUAUUGCUUGUGGCCUCAGUUGAAACGGAGACUAAAGGUUCCAGUUUAGCAUCCUUAGUGCAUCCAUCUUCCCCCCCGGAGCGUCGCAGGUACAGAAAAUGGAAACAUUUGUGCGGUCCUCGAGGGUCAACGGAUGUGCUGUUGGCAGCUGGAGGUGACUGGCCAGGAGCUCCAGCUACUCUAGGCCCAACCGGACACCUCAAGGCCCAAGGGCACGCCUGUGAUCUAUUUGCAUACCCGAUGUGUGACUUCACAUUGGUUGGGAAGCUGUGCACUAGACCGUGCACGAGGCCCGGAGUGAUGCAGAAGAGCAAACGAUUCAUUUGAGCUGUAGCGUUAAGCCACCCAGAGGUGGUGAUGCCUGAGCUGGGUUUUGAAGGAUGAAGAGGAGUUCCUAGGCAGCCAAGUAGGGCAAAGGCAUUUUGGAUAACUCAGUAGCUUGGUGCAGCUGGAGAAUCCAAGUGUGUGUUAGGUAGAAGGGGAUCUGGCUGGGCAGGAGGCUGGAGACUCUGAUUGCGCAAGGGCUCCUGGGAGCCCUCUCCCUCAAGACUUACUCAUAGCUGUUACUUUCAGCAGUCUCAGUGUCACCUCAGCCUCACUCUUGGCUUUUUUUUUUUUUUUUUUUUUUUUUAGUUCUCCUUCAUAAUUCACAUCUAAUGAAUUACCAGGUUCUGCUGCUUUCACCUUUCAACUCUUUUUCACGUGACCCCCUCCACUCCUUCCCCGCACUCACUGCCAUGGUCAUACCCAGGGUCUUCUUUCUCCCACCCGUAAAGGAGGACCUUUAUCUCCCUUGCCCACCUGCCCCUCUCCCCAUCC